ACCAACAUGGCGCUUAGCCCGUCUCGUGUCUUUGCUACACUUCUACCGACUGCUGCUGAUGUUUACGGAGAGGAAAACGAAUCAGUAUUUAAUCGGGUCGCCAAGCAGACGUCUUUAUAUCCUCAAAGCAACAUAAGAGUUGUUCAGGUCACGGGCUGUGCCAAGUUAUCGUGUCCUCCGGAUCAGGCCACCGUAACAAUUAGCGUCAAAAACAGUAAAGAAAAUGUAAACGACGUGACUAAUAGCGUGACUAGAAGACUGGAGUACAUACUGCAGACUGUGAGACAGCAUGAUGUCAAGGUAGACAACAUCACUGUAGCCAAGCAUUUACAAAGAGAGGAGGAGCUCUUCCACAUGCAGGCUGAGGUACAAGUGGUGUUUUUAGACUUUGAAAAGAUGCAGCAUGUGCGUUCAGUUUUGAUUGAGAAACUUGACAAAAGUGUGUGUGUUGGUGACCCCCAUUACACUCACAGUGCUGAAAGCCUCAAUUUGUUAAGACGGCGUGUAUGUUUGGUAGCUGUGGACAAUGCCCGUCUCAAAGCCAGCGAGGCCUGUGGCAUUCUGGGGCAAGCUCUGGGACGCCCACUGCUUGUACGUGAGGAAGAGUCACGAGAGUGGACAAGCAGCCAAGAUGAAGUCACUGGCACUGCUCUAACACUGCAUCAGAGGGCUGAGGCUACAUUAGUCUCUGCCUCUUCACGAGUAUUUGUGACCUUUGAACUACGACCAAAGGACAGAAACAGGAAAAUUUGAUGUUUUUGUUUAUAAAUGAUACAUUUAAAUUACAUGUUGAAACUUUCAUUUGUUUUUUGAUUGUUGCUGAAGGAGCCAGCAUGUAAAGUUAAUUAGAUGUAAAAAAAAAAAAUUCAUAGAUACCACUGUUUUAACUUGAUUUCCAAUCUAGAACAUUCUGAACAGCACAGUAUAUAACGCUAAAACCAUGCUCCAAGCAAUCAAGUAAUACUCACACAUGCUGGUAAAUCAUCCCUGUUUUUGCAUGUUGGUAAUAAGAAAACAUUCUGCAGUCAAAAUGAAUUUGUUAGUUGAACCUACAUUUUGAAUAUAUAGGAAUAUAAUGCAUUUUAACGUGAUGAAGGACAAUUGUCAGAUUGCUACUAGAGCUCAGUCAUGCCAUUUAUAAGAUGUAAUUUCUUUCAGCAACAGCAGAUGGCAGAAUUGCUAAGAGAACAGCAGUAUCUGAACAGCAUUUUGUUAUACAUCCAUACAGUGACUCAAAACAUGGUCUUUUGUUUCAUUUGAUGAAAGUAAAAAGAAACCCAGAAAACCAGCAAAAUUUUGCAUGGCUCAGCCCCACUCUAUGAGGUGUUCAGUCUAUGCUAAAAUAAAAAUAUGUACUUUUUUCCCCUAUAAAUGGAUGUUGGACCUUAGUAAGGAAAUGCCCAGAAUACAUGGGACAUAUUCUUUAAACAAAACUAUAAUGUCAAAAAGCCGUUUCAGAAUACAUUUCAAGAAGUAAACUUGUUUCUGUAACAGCACAGCACAAACCUGUGUUGUUGGGAUGCUAUACAUAGAUUUACAACAUUUUAAAUUUCAGGGAAAUUUUGCAAACAGUUGUUUAGGAAAGUGCUCUGGUAGUUUUUGUUGCCAUUUAGUGUUUUUGGAGAAAAUCAAAUCAAAGGAGCCUUUUACCCAGCGGGGCCUUUAGACCUGUUGUACCCUAUUUAAAGUAUACUACCAGUAAAAAGUUUGGAGUUGACACAGUUUGUGUUUCUUAUGAUCUUAACCCCUUAAACUCCGGUGCAUAUUUGGGCUGCCGCCCGCCAUUUUUCACACUCAAAUUUAAAAGCUCACCAUUCACACAUACUGUGGACUAAUUGCCAAAAUUUGGUCUAAUUGUUCAGAGAACCCCCCCAAAUAAAAUGAAAAAAAGACUCCAAUUAUUUAUACAUUUUUUAAUGCAUUUAAAAUCAUAUGAUAAACAAAUUUGUUUUAGCAAAAAAAGCAAAUAAAUGUGUUGUUGUCCUAACUUUGUAAACAUGUAAUUCUG